AUGAAAUUCACAGUAGCUGCUUUGUUCACAUUGGCCUUGGCUUUGGGUGUCCAAUCGUCGGUUGUUCCCGUGCUCGCUGGUCAUCAUUUGUCCUACACUGCCGUUGGUCCAUCUUGGGCUGGUCCUUGGGGUCAUGGUGUAGUUGCUGCCGGACCACACCCAUCCGUUGCUGUCCACGCUGCCACAUUGUCAGCUCCAGCUCCUAGUGUUGCUGUACAUGCUGCCACUUUGUCAGCUCCUGCCCCAAGCGUAGCUGUUCAUGCUGCCACCUGGUCUGCCCCUGCCCCCAGUGUAGCUGUACAUGCCGCCCCAUUGCCCGCCCUGCAUGCUGUCCACGCUCCAGUACAUGGUGUUCACGCUCCUGUCCAUGCUCCACUAGUUUUGCCCGCAGUUCAAGGUUCCUAUAUUGCCAAAACUCGUGGUGCUGUACAUUCGGCUCCUUUGGCCGGUCAUGCCAGCUCUGUAGCCAAUGUUAACUUGGCUGCUGCCCCCGGAACUGUUUAA